UUAAAAUUAAAUUUGGCCUAAUGCAUUUUAGGGUUUUUACUAAAAUCCUUUUAUUUUAAUACUUUAAUAUUUCAAAACCAUACCUUUUUAUAAAUAUUUUGUAAUAAUAGGAACAAAGUUAUGCAUUUUUUAAUUCAAAAUACUUACUUAAUCCAAGAAUCUUUUCUGCAUUCUUUAUUAUUAUUUCCUUCAAUAUUUUUUGGUUCAACAGGUUUUUUUACUUUUUCAAAGGUAAUUCGGCUGUCUAAAAGUGUUUGGUUUUCAUUUCUUACAUUCUCAGAAUCUAUGAAGUAAAUACUGUCUUCAGUGACAAAGUCAUCAAAGAAAUGUAAAUCUUCCUCUUUCAUUGUAUUAUUUACUGUAAAAAUUUAAUUAUUAAGGAUGACUUUUACAUAAUUAAUGUAAUAUGAGGUAUUUUUCAUUUUAUUACUGUAAAAUCGUGUUAACAAAUAAAAUACCUCCUUCCAAAAAAAUUCAAACAAACAACUAUUCUAACCUUAAAAUUCAAAUAAACAAACAAACAUUAAAAUUUAAUCAGUGUUGCCAGCAGAGGCAAGGGUUGCCAGAGAUAAAGAAGUGUUGCCAUCCCUCUUUUAUGCGAACAGCUGUUGGGUCAAAUUCUGUUGUUUUUUUGUUUUGGUGAUUAUUUUGUGAUGUAAAAUUGUUUUAGUGGAUAGAAAUCAUAGAUAUUAAAAUUGAAUCACACAUCAAUGUAAAUAAUCCCAUGGAAGAGGACGAGGUACAUUUCUUUGAUGACUUUGUCACCGAGGAUAGUAUUUACCUCAUAGACUCGAAGGAUGUAGAAAAGGAAAACCAACCAAAUAAUAUUAAAGGAAAUAUUAAAGAAUGUAGAAAACAUUGUCGGGUUGAGACUGCAGUUGAAGAAAGUUAUAACAAAAAUGAAGCAACAGGUACCAAUGUAGAUGAAAGUUUAUCUACAUCUGAAAAUGAGGAAAAAACCAAAGAGAAUUCAAAAAGUAAAGUAAAAAAUCAUGAAGUUAGAAAAUCCACAAGAAGUAGAAAUAAAAUUGUCCCAAUAGUUGAUGAUAGUAGCGAUGAAGAAUGUGACUUUUCUGCCGAUGAAGAUUCAUCAUACACUCCUGAAGAUGAAGUUAAAGGAAACAAAUAUAAUCGACGAAUUAAAUCAGGAUCUAAAAUCCACGAAAGUGACGAUUCUGAUCCUGGAAAUGAAAGUGAAAAUUCCUUAUGCAAUAUAAAGGAAGAAGGAAGGGAUAGUGAUUUUUCUGAAGAAGAUGAUAAAAAUUCCAUACACAGUGAAGAUGAAGAAAAAGAUGAGAAUAAAGCCACGUUUGAGACGAAAAUCGAAGUGGAAUACCACGGGGUUAAAUAUGAUGAUGAAAAUGAAUCAGAGGACACAGAUGAAUUUAAAGAAAAAGAAAACAGAAAUAAUACCAGCCCUUCUAGAAAGACAAAAAGAUGAAGUUAAAGAAAAAGAAAACAGAAAUAAUACCAGCCCUUCCAGAAAGAGAAAAAGGGAAUCGUUAAAAGACGACAAAUCCGACGGCCUCAAAAGCCGUUGUCCGCUUUGCCCGAAAGUGUACUCAAGAAAAGAUACUUUAAGAGAUCACUUCGAAACCCAACACGGCGACUCCGAGGUAAAAAAAAAAUACACGUGUCCACAUUGCGACAAAAUAUUCGUAACCGUUUGGCUGAAAAACGCGCACAUCAGAUCGAACAACGACGGCUGUGAGGUCAAUUGCCCGCAUUGCCCGAAUAAGUUCACGAAAAAGUGUCAGCUAACGCGACACAUCGAGAUAAAACAUGGCGAACUCUCGCAAACAUUAGGGUACAAAUGUGCACAAUGCGACAAAAAAUUCGCAUUAAAAGGAUCUUUAACCCGACACACCAAAAUGAAACACCAACGUUCCAAGGAAGACGCAAGAUGCAUCAAAAGCCGUUGCCCGCAUUGCCCGAAAGUGUACUCAAGAAAAGAUACUUUAAGAGUUCACAUCGAAAGCCAACACGGCGACUCCAAGCAAAAAAAAAAGUUCACGUGUCCACAUUGCGACAAAGUAUUCCUAAACGUGUGGCUGAAAAACGUGCACAUCAGAUCGAACAACGACGGCCGCAAGGUCAAUUGCCCGCAUUGCCCGAAUAAGUUCACGAAAAAGUGUAAGCUAACGCGGCACAUUGAAAUUAAACACGGCGAUCUAGUGCAAACAUUGGAGUACAAAUGUGCACAAUGCGACGAAAAAUUCACAGAAAUGGAAUCUUUAACCCGACACACCAAAAUGGAGCACAAAGGUUCCAAGUACGCGUGUCCACAUUGCCCGAAAGUGUUCAAGAAACAAUAUAGUUUUAAGCAGCACGUCGAAAGCCAACAUGGCGACGCCUCGCAGAAAGAAAAAUACAACUGUUCGCAAUGCGACAAGACAUUUUCGCUUAUGGGAAGUCUGAAAAUACACGUUAAAUCGAUACACGAAGGUUUCAAAUUCCGUUGCGCGCACUGCUCGAAAAUGUUCACCGACAAGGCAAAGCGCGAUCUCCACGCUCGAACCGCGCACGCUAAACAUGAAUACAAAUGUUCGCAAUGCGACAAAAAAUUUUCAAAAAGUAGCAGUUUGAGCCUGCAUAAAAAAACAAGACACAUCGUCCGCAUUGUCCACAAGAAUGAAUUUAAAAAAAAGGAAAACAGAAAGAAUACCAGCCCUUCCAGAAAGAGAAAAAGGGAAUCGUUAAAAGACGACAAAUCCGACUGCCUCAAAAGCCGUUGCCCGCAUUGCCCGAAAGUGUACUCAAGAAAAGAUACUUUAAAAGAUCACCUGGAAAGCCAACACGGCGACUCCACGCAAAGAAAAAAAUACACGUGUCCGCAUUGCGACAAAAUAUUCGUAACCGUUUGGCUGAAAAACGCGCACAUCAGAUCGAACAACGACGGCUGUGAGGUCAAUUGCCCGCAUUGCCCGAAUAAGUUCACGAAAAAGUGCAAGCUAACGCGGCACAUCGAGAUAAAACAUGGCGAUUUCUCGCAAAAAGAAGGGUACCAAUGUGCACAAUGCGACGAAACAUUCGUAGAAAGAGAAUCUUUAAUCAGACACACUAAAACGAAGCACAAAGGUUCCAAGUACCCGUGUCCUUAUUGCCCGAAAGCGUUCAUAAAAAAAGUUAGUUUUAUGCAGCACCUUGAAAGCCAACAUGGCGAUGCCUCGCAGAAAGAAAAAUACAACUGUUCGCAAUGCGACAAGACGUUUUCGCUUAUGGGAAGUCUGAAAAUACACGUUAAAUCGAUACACGAAGGUUUCAACUUCCGUUGCGCGCACUGCUCGAAAAUGUUCACCGACAAGGCAAAGCGAGAACUCCACGUUCAAACCGCGCACGCUAAACACGGAUACAAAUGUUCGCAGUGCGACAAAAAAUUUGCAAAAAGUAGCGGCUUGAGUCGGCAUAAUAAAACAGCACACGUCGGUUUUAAGUGCCGUUGUCCGCAUUGCCCAAAAGAGUUCACAAGAACUGAUGGUUUAAAACUCCACGUUCAAAAGCAACAUGGCGAUCCCUCGUAACGAAAAAAAAAA